AUGCAGCGUUUGAUGACGUGUUAAUGAUACCACAUUUCAAGUUCAUUUUUUUCAUCUCUUUGAGAGAAUCGAGAGGUUAGACCGACGUAACGCAUAUGAUAAAGGAACAGUUAAUUGAUAAAUUGUAUUCUGAACAGAAACGUGAUGUCGUUUACGAACUUUUACACCAAAUUAUAGAGGCGGAACUAUGCCUUGUAAUACGAGACGGUCUAGAUGAAUGGGUUGCACCUGACGGUAGUAACCUUGCUGAACCUUCGAUGGCGGGAUUUCCAAAUGACAAGUGCUCUGUUCUUACAACUUCUCGACCAUGGACAUUGGCUGAUGAACGUAUCAAGAAUUCAAUAAUCAACAUUCUGUUAGAAAUCGAGGGUAUUAAGGAUCCAUAUGCAUUUAGUGAAAGAAUAUUGCGGUGCAUACUUGACGAGAGCAAUGAUCUUGAGACAGCGGAGAAGAAAUUUAAGAAAUUCAUAUUAAAGCGUAAACUGACGUCAUUAUCAUAUUCACCAAUACUGUACACGCUUAUAAUUUGCACGUGGGUGAAAACGAUGGACGCGGAGGAACAUUUGAAAGGAUCGUCCUUGUGUGCAUUAUAUACUACUUUGCUUGAAAGCCUUUGUAAGAAGGCGAACGAUACAAUUGGCUUUUUUAACGAUUUAAACCCUCCUCAGGUGAAGUGUUUUGUAAGCACAAGUUAUCUGCGGCAGAUCAUUGAAAACGUAGAUGUCAUUUCAAAAGCUGCUUUCCAUCUUUUGUUUUCUCCUGAAAAGGAAAAGUCUAUUGUAUUCAAAGAUAAAGAACUGUCAAACUACCUUUCGAAAUCUGAAAUAGAGUUUUCUCUCAAAGCAGGACUACUAUCAAAACGAAAAACGAAAACAGGUUUUAAAUGGUCUAUUUCAUUUAUCCAUAAAAGCAUGCAGGAAUUCCUAGCUGCUUAUUAUAUUGCCCUUAAUGCACAUUUGGUUGAUGACGUCAUUUCCGGAUAUCUGGCUCGUCAUAAGGAUGCAUACCUCGACAUUUCCCAGGUGUUCAUAUUCUUGUGUGGACUGAACAUAUCAGCUGCCAAUAAGCUUUCUGGCAUAAUGACCGAACAUUAUGCUAUAAUGAUGGAUGAACGUGAUUAUUCUGAGUCUGAAUUUUUCAGUCCGUUUCAAGGCAUCAUAGUGGCCGGAUACAGAGAAGCUGUAUCAAAUGAAAAAACUGGCAUUCUUCUCAGACUCAGUCACUUUCAAGUCCGUUAUUUCAACUUAAGGGAUGUUUACAACAUAUUGACAUAUAACACGUCAUAUGUCCAGGUCUUGGAAGUUUGCGUAAACUCGGGCACUGUUCAUGACAUUCGAAGUUGUCCUGCUUAUAACGAACAGACAUCUCAUUUUGAGUUUGACCUUACAUCGUGCCACAAACUGAAAUCAUUGACUCUUUUGGGUACCGGCAUACUUUGUUAAGAUUCUGCCAGUUCGGUCUCAUCAGCACUUCCGAUGUGGAUUUUACUUAAUACUGCAGCUCCAGCAGAUUGUUCAGAGCAACCUAAAGUACUCCCUUGCAUAGAACACAUUCUGUUGUACAAAGUCACAAUUUCAACUACAUGGCUACGAAGUCUGUUCAGCACUCUGUUGUUACUCGAUCACACGGUGACGUGUAAGCUGGAGAAAUGCAACAUUACAUGGGUUGUAGAAGACGCAGUGAGAGG